UGUGCACACAAUGGCAGCAUGUCAGACGAUGCUACACGUCAAAAGUGCAUCUGUGGCCUGUUGCACAGGAAGAGAAGGAGGUGCGACAGGAAGGAUAGAAAGAGAGGGAAAGAAAAAGACAGACGGUGCGUGACAGACACUCAAACAGAAAGUGCCGAAUGGAGGAUGAAGAUGAGGUCUGUGAGAAGUAGGGUAGAGACGAGCAGAGGUUAGUGAAACACCUGCUGCUUCUGGCGUGUGUUUAGAGCCGCUGAAUCUGAAGAACAACACGACCAACUGAAUCAACAGGGAAUGGAUCCUACUGAAUCACACUGAUGGUCUCAUACCCAGCACACACACACACACACACACACUCGGACACGCUUUCCUUUUAGCGCUCUGCUGGGAUGGCUAGACAUGACCAUAUCCCAUGGGAGGAAUACUGCUACCUGGAUCUGAAGUCCAAUGCUCAAAAACAAGAGACUAGCAAAAGGAUGGAAGAUCCCGGGUGGUUACGCAGACACCAGGCUUUGUUGCAAAGGUUCUUAUCCACCUCCAUCUUGGUAAAUGUGGUCCAUCACAUGAGAAAAGCAGACCUGCUCAAUACACAGGAGGUGGGGCUUAUCCAGGAAAUGGGGGCUUUGAAGGAUAAAGUGCAUUUAUUGGUUGAGUUCCUGUCUGUCACUGAUCCACAUGGCGCCGCCCUUCAGACUUAUCUUCAAAGUUCACACCAGACUGAGUACAACCUUAUAACUAUACAUGACUCUGUGGUUCGACCGCAUAAAGACGCUCUACUUCAGCGACUCAAAGACGAUGAAAAAACUCAAGCCGGUGGAAGCUCACACGGUUCCUCUUUCCUCCUUAUUGAGUGCGUAUCUGACCUUCAGCAGCGAGAACACGACCUUGUGCAGGUGUCAGUCAACAGAGGGGCGGGGCCUCUUCACGGUCGAGCGCUGGGAUUGGACAAGCUGAUUGUGCCUUUGACGAGGGUUAGCACCGCCCCACGUGUGACGCUGACCGUGGGCGUAGCUGGCAGCGGGAAGACCCGAAUGGUCCACCGUUUCAUCCAACUUUGGAGCAGCGGUCACAUCUAUCCAGAGCUGAGUCUUGCGAUCCCCAUUGCAUGCUGGGAAUUGAGCAGUUUCGAUCGGUUAUCGGUCGAGCGCUUGCUACGGUUGUUCGUUCCAUAUGAUAACAUGGAUGUAAUUACUUUUAAUGAGUCCUGCAAGAUAUUGCUAAUUUUGGAUGGGUUGGAAGAAUUUCGCCAAUCGUUGGAUUUUGCAGAUGCCCCGCCCACUAGCGACCCUCGUCGCGAAAUUCCAGUAUCGGACCUCAUUGCGAAUAUUGUACGAGGCAACCUGUUGCCAUGGGCAACGCUGUGGCUUUUGUCAAGGCCUGGCGUUGGGGCAAAAGUUCCGGCGGGAUUGGUCGAUCGUGUGACCGAAGCCCCGCCUCUUUCGCGAACGCAAAUAAAGAAUUAUAUUGAUCAUUGUAUAACGAACAAGUUAGAUGUGUACUCUUUAUCACAAGAGAGCUCAUCGUCUCAAACGUACACACCUGAGGAUGUCUCCUCUCAAGUGUGGACUUACCUGAAUUCUCAGAAACCGUUGCUCAUUUUGUCUUCCGUCCCCGCGGUCUGCCACAUUAUCGUGACUACAUUAUCGCGCCUUAUAAAAUUGGAUUCAGAUUCCACGCCCCUUCCGCGGACUCUUACAGAAGUCUAUGCCCACUACUGUUGGCCACAGCUCUCUGGAUCAGACCCGGCCAGUGGCAGCAUCAGGAAGCCGCUGAGCUCUCUGGGUCGUCUUGCGUUUUAUAGCCUUUUACGGCGACGGUAUACAUUCAGCGAGAACGAAUUGCGAACUUACGGUGUUGACGUACCUCCUCAGGUUGGGACUCUCGGCCACCGCAUCCUCCAGCGCAAGCAAAGCUGGUCGUACGAUAGCGUGGUGUGGCAGUUCACGCACACGUCUGUGCAGGAAUUCCUGGGAGCUCUUUUUUACUACGUUUCGUCAAGGCGUGGGAUGUUUGAUCUGUUCUCCGAAAGUAGUGUCUCCUGGCCCCGCAUUGGCUUCCACAGUCACUACCGUGCAGCGCUGCAGAAAACCAACCAAUCGGACGCCGCAGCGCAAGGCAACCUCGACCUCUUCAUGCGCUUCUUGUCAGGGCUGAUGUCUCCGGCGGUCACCGCUUUGCUAGGUGGUCCUCUGGGCAUUUCCCGCGAGGAGCAGGUGACCCAGCGCACCACGGCGACAAAUUUGCUUCAGAAUACGGUGACGGGGACAGGAGGCGACGCCGUAAGUAUGCGCAGCGUCACAAUAGUCACGUGUCUGGCGGAGCUGCAACAAGGGGAGUGGCUACGGUCAGUCGAGGAGGAUCUCAUUAACUGCGGCCUGCGGGGAAAGCUGAAGGGUGGAGUUUGCUCUGUGCUAGCUUACUUGUUGCAAGUAUCAGAUGCAUGUACAGAAGAAACGCAACUGUCUAAUUGCCUAGACUCCUCCUCCCUAAAGAGGCUCCUCCCACAACUGCUGUACUGCAGUAAUCUGAGAAUGGAAAACAAUGAAUUUAAGGAAGGUGCCAUGGAGCUGUUGGGAAGUCUGUUGAGUGCCAAAGAGUGCCAUAUUCAGAUGCUCAGUCUGGCUGACAACUCAAUCAGCAGUAAAGGAGUUAAUCCACUCAGUCGGGCUCUACUCGUCAACCGAACCCUCACGGCCCUGGACCUCCGUGGCAACAACAUCGGCGCCAAGGGAGCGAAGACCUUGAGCGAGGCACUCAAAAUGAAUCAGGUCCUCGUGUCAGUCAAUUUGCAGAGUAACCAGAUAGAGGAUGACGGUGCUCGUGCGCUGGCGGAGGUUCUUCAGUCAAACCGAAAGCUCACCACACUGAAUCUUCAGAAGAACGGCAUUGGAGCAGAAGGAGUGAAAAAAAUCGCAGACGCCCUCACAAAGAAUCAAACUCUACAGGAUCUCAAUGUGUCCGGCAAUCAUCUGGGUGAUUUGGGAACAGUGGCUCUGGCUCAAGCGCUUAUGGUCAACCACGUUCUCCACACGCUCAGUCUUCAGAGUAACUCUGUGAGUGACAGAGGCAUUAGAGCGCUCUCACACGCUCUUCAGUCAAACCGAGGACUCAGCUGUCUGAAUCUAAGGGAGAAUUCAAUAGGAGUUUCUGGUGCCAAAGACAUCGCCAAAGCCUUAAAAGUCAACACGUGUCUUAGAGAACUCGAUCUGACCGCUAAUCUUCUUCAUGAUGAGGGUGUGACGGCCAUCGCUGAAGCCAUGAGGGUCAACCGAGCGAUCACAUCCUUACACCUCCAGUGGAACUUCAUGAAGGCUGGAGCAGCUAAAGCUUUAGCUCAGUCUCUCAUGAGCAACACCUGCAUUCAGCUUCUGGAUCUGCAGGAGAACGCUCUUGGUGAUAAUGGUGUCAUUGCUCUGGCCUGUGCUCUGAGGUCAAACUCUUCUCUCGGUGUGCUCUAUCUUCAGGGUGUAUCAGCAGGUAAAUCAGGAGCCGUUGCACUAGCCAACGCUCUGGUCGUCAAUGAAACCCUUCAUACACUAGAUCUGCGUGGAAACUCCAUCGGGAUGGAAGGAGCGAAGGCGUUUUCCAGCGCUCUAAAGAACAACAGGGGUUUGAGAAGUCUGAAUCUACAGGAGAACUCUCUGGGGAUGGACGGAGCGAUCUUCAUCGCGACUGCACUGAGAGGAAACCAUCAGCUCACCUACAUCAAUCUCCAGGGUAAUGGCAUCGGGGAGUCGGGGGCAAAGGUCGUGUCAGACGCCAUCAAAGCUGGUGCACCAGAUUGUGUGGUGGAUAUCUAGUUCAAAAAACAUGUUUAUUUAGUCAUAUUCAUGUAAAUAGUUUUGUUUAUGUAUUAAAGUUGUGUAAUAAUAAAUGUUUAUUUUAUAAAACAGAA